AGGAUUAACUGUCGAAAUUGUGGAUUUAAGUCUAUCCGCGAAAGCCGGCUUACUGCGGUGUUAGUGGUUCUUUUGUGGAUAUUCUUCUAGAGUCAAAUCAUGACGUCUGCAACGGGAUCCCAAGUUCUUCCUAUACGAUUCCAGGAGCAUCUACAGCUCACAAGUGCUGGGAUCAACCCAAAUAAUAUAACUUUCAACAACCUGACGAUGGAGUCGGAUAAGUUCAUCUGCAUUAGAGAGAAGAUGGGAGAAACGAACCAGGUUGUCAUUUUAGACAUGGCUGAUCCAACGAACCCGACCAGGCGACCGAUUUCCGCGGAUUCUGCCAUCAUGAAUCCUGCCUCAAAAGUCAUCGCUUUGAAAGCCCAGAAGAUGCUCCAGAUAUUCAACAUCGAGAUCAAAGCUAAAAUGAAGGCACAUAACAUGACCGAGGAGGUGACAUUUUGGAAAUGGAUAUCUUUGAACUCCAUUGCUUUGGUGACAGAAAAGGCUGUUUAUCAUUGGGCCAUGGAAGGAGACUCAACGCCGCAAAAGAUGUUUGACAGGCAUCCGAGCCUGAACGGAUGUCAGAUCAUCAACUAUCGCACUGAUCAAAAACAAAAUUGGCUAUUGCUGAUUGGGAUAUCAGCGCAGCAGAACCGUGUUGUUGGUUACAUGCAGUUGUACAGCGUGGAAAGGAAAGUGAGCCAGCCGAUCGAAGGACACGCCGCAUCAUUCACACAGUUCAAGAUGGAUGGAAACCCAGAGCCAUCGACGUUGUUCUGCUUUGCCGUCCGCUCGCAAGCUGGUGGAAAGUUGCACAUCAUUGAAGUUGGACAACCGGCUGCCGGUAACCAAGCUUUUCCAAAGAAGCAGGUGGAUGUAUUUUUUCCACCGGAAGCGCUGAACGAUUUCCCGGUUGCCAUGCAAGUGAGCAGCAAGUACGAUGUCAUCUACCUAAUUACCAAGUACGGUUAUAUCCACGUGUAUGACAUCGAGAGUGGCGUUUGCAUCUACAUGAACCGUAUAUCGAGUGACACGAUCUUUGUCACCUGUCCACAUGAAUCGACCGGUGGUAUCAUUGGCGUUAAUCGCAAGGGCCAAGUUUUGUCAGUGACGAUUGAUGAGGAAAACGUGGUGCCUUACGUCACGAGUGUGCUGCAAAACCCGGACCUAGCCCUACGCAUCGCGGUGCGCAACAAUCUGGCUGGUGCAGAAGAAUUGUUCGUGCGGCGCUUCAAUUCUCUUUUUGCUGCGGGUCAGUAUGCCGAAGCAGCGAAAGUAGCGGCUUCCGCGCCGAAGGGCGUGCUGCGCACACCAGCCAUCAUUGCGCGCUUCCAAACUGUGCCCACACAACCUGGCCAGACUUCACCACAACUGCAGUACUUUUCAAUCCUUCUCGAUCAAAGCAAGCUCAACAAGUUCGAAUCCCUGGAACUCUGUCGACCUGUCCUGGGCCAGGGAAAGAAACAACUUGUGGAAAAGUGGCUAAAGGAAGAGAAGCUUGAAUGCAGCGAAGAGCUUGGUGAUCUAGUGAAGCAGUCAGACCCGACGCUAGCCCUCAGCGUUUAUCUCCGUGCCAAUGUUCCCGCCAAGGUGAUUCAGUGUUUUGCCGAGACUGGACAGUUCCAGAAGAUUGUGCUGUAUGCGAAGAAAGUGGGAUAUCAGCCGGACUAUGUGUACCUCCUGCGCAGCGUGAUGCGAACGAAUCCUGAGCAUGGUGCUUCGUUCGCUCAGAUGUUGAUCCAAGAUGACGAGCCGUUAGCUGACAUGGGUCAAAUAGUCGACGUGUUCAUGGAGUCCAACAUGAUCCAGCCAUGCACGGCAUUCUUGUUGGACGCACUGAAGAAUAAUCGACCGUCGGAAGGAGCGCUGCAAACGCGACUCUUGGAAUUGAAUCUAGUGGCUGCCCCGCAAGUUGUGGUGCAGAUUGCAACCAAGUAUCACGACCAACUCGGCACGCAGGCACUUAUUGACAUGUUUGAGUCAUUCAAGAGCUAUGAGGGAUUGUUCUACUUCCUUGGAGCCAUUGUUAACUUCAGUCAGGAGCCGGAGGUCCACUUCAAGUACAUUCAGGCCGCCUGCAAGACUGGACAGAUUAAAGAAGUGGAGCGAAUCUGCCGUGAGAGCAACUGUUACAGUCCAGAACGCGUGAAGAAUUUUUUGAAGGAGGCUAAGCUUACGGAUCAGUUGCCGUUGAUCAUUGUGUGCGACCGAUUUGACUUCGUGCACGACCUUGUCCUAUACCUGUACCGUAAUAAUCUGCAAAAGUACAUCGAAAUCUACGUACAGAAGGUGAACCCAGCACGACUGCCAAUUGUGGUGGGAGGUUUACUGGAUGUCGACUGUAGCGAGGAUGUCAUCAAGGGUCUCAUGGCUGUAGUGCGUGGCCAGUUUUCGACGGACGAACUGGUGGAAGAGGUGGAGAAGCGAAAUAGACUGAAGCUGUUGCUGCCGUGGCUCGAGGCACGCGUUGUCCAAACUGCCCUGUCGGAGACGCAAGACCCUGACGACAUUUCUGUGACUGUGAAAGCCUUCAUGUCAGCCGACCUGCCAAAUGAGCUCAUUGAAUUGUUGGAGAAGAUUGUGCUGGACUCCUCCGCCUUCUCAGACCACCGUAACCUCCAAAACUUACUCAUCUUGACUGCCAUCAAGGCGGAUCGCACACGCGUGAUGGAUUAUGUGAAUCGGCUGGAUAACUACGAUGCACCAGACAUUGCAAACAUUGCCAUCCAGUCCGAGCUUUUCGAAGAAGCUUUCGCCAUAUUCCGCAAGUUUGAAGUGAAUGCAAGCGCGAUACAGGUGCUGAUUGAGCACGUGAAAAAUCUCGACCGAGCGUACGAGUUUGCCGAACGGUGCAACGAACCAGACGUGUGGUCACAGCUGGCUCGCGCCCAGUUGGAGCAGGACAUGGUGAAGGAAGCCAUUGACUCUUACAUCAAGGCGGAUGACCCGUCAGCCUUCAUGCAAGUUGUGGAUACCGCCCACCGUACCGGACACUGGGAAGACCUGGUGCGGUACUUGCUGAUGGCUCAAAAGAAAGCCCGAGANUUGAUCAAGUUGGAUAAGCUGGAGGAAGCAGAACAGCGCCGCAUUGAGGAAGGGCCGACGAUGGACGAGAAACCGAUCUUGAUGGGCGAGCCGCAGUUGAUGCUGACGGCGGGACCGAUGGCUCUGGGGGGCGGAGGCUAUCCGCAGAAUCCGGCUGGUGGCGCUGCACCAUACCUGAAUGCUUAUGGCGCUCCUCCAAACAUGAAUGCUAUGGGUGGUGGCUACGCGGGAACAGGCGGCGUCUACGGCAUGUAG